UCCUCAUACUUGGGUGCCAAAAAUGAGCUCUCCCAAUGAUAAAUCACACAUUAAACUUGAAAAGUUGCAAAAGAAGAAUGCUGAAGUUGCCGAUGAAUCGGUAGAGAGUACCCGCCGCAUGUUCGCCUAUGUGGCGAAAAGUAAUGAAGCUGGCAUCAGCACUGCCAGACACCUCAAUGAACAAAGCGAACAAUUGAACCGCGUAGAGAAAGUCAAUGAUCACAUACAUGACGACAUGCAGGAGGCCGAUGAAAAAUUGAAAUCCAUGCAAAAUUGUUUUGCCAGGUGUAUGCAGGCCUUGAAGGUUGUAUCAGCAAAUGAUGGUAGUGACAAUGCAUGGCAGAACAAAGACGAUGAAACUGUUGUCAUUAAUCAACCACAAAGUGCCAAUGCUGAUCGGCAGGAGCGUGGUGUUGUGAGACAACCACCAAAGUCGGGCUAUAUUAAACGUAUAACCAAUGAUGCUCGCGAGGAUGAAAUGGAAGAAAAUCUUGGACAAGUUAGUUCUAUGAUGGGAAAUUUGCGUGAAAUGGCUGUUAAUAUGGGCUCAGAGUUGGAUAGACAAAAUGAACAAAUUGAUCGCAUCAAUGCCAAAGGUGAUGCAAAUAGCUCACAAAUAGAUGGGGCCAAUCAAUUGGCCAAGAAUAUAUUAAAGAAAUGAAAAUGCAGCAUUAGUCACAACAACAGCAAUGAUUCACAUUACAGUCAAGUUAAUGUUUCGUGAUUGAUUGAUUGAUAUAUUGAUAACUUAACUUUCAUCUUCUGCUAAUACAACUAUACACAAAUAGCAAAAGAAUCAAAUAUGACAGCUACAUCUCGCAAAACUCCAGUUUAUAACAACUAAACCGUAUGCUCGUUAAUGAAACCAACAGAAAGAACUGGAAAAUAUU